AUGCUUAUUCGACCAAGACUGCAACCUUUCACCUCAAAAAGCCAUCGCAGUAUAAGCAGUCCAUCAAGCCAGCUGGACCAGCGCCGGUUAUCGCGUGAUAAGCAGCAUCAAUCGAACCAUGCGCACCAUAAUGCCACCCCUCAUAACCAGACCAGGUCGCUCAUAAGCAAUCCAUACCGAUCCACAACCAAUUGCCAUCUAGCCACUCGCUAUAAGCAUCAAUGCCAAGCACCAGCGCCAUCUAGCCAUCGCUAUAAGCAUCAACCAGCACCAGUGCCAUCUAGCCAUCGCUAUAAGCAUCAACCAGCACCAGCGCCAUCUAGCCAUCGCUAUAAGCAUCAACCAGCACCAAUGCCAUCUAGCCAUCGCUAUAAGCAUCAACCAGCACCAAUGCCAUCUAGCCAUCGCUAUAAGCAUCAACCAGCACCAAUGCCAUCUAGCCAUCGCUAUAAGCAUCAACCAGCACCAAUGCCAUCUAGCCAUCGCUAUAAGCAUCAACCAGCACCAGCACCAUCUAGCCAUCGCUAUAAGCAUCAACCAGCACCAGCGCCAUCGCUAUAA